UAAACACUUGAACUCUGUGUGUAUUCGUAUGUAUGUUGUUUAUGAUUAAAUGUAAAAUGUAUGUGAUUUAUCUGAAAUAUAAUAAUACAAAGCAAAUAGGCAUAACUUACACAAAUUACAAUUAUUUAAUUAGCAAAAUAAAUUAAUGUACUUUUGUAAUACCUUUUUAGAAUACAGUGAAUGAAAAUAUCAACAUGUUCAAUAUUGAGGCUAACUUUGAAUCUUCAGUGAAUGCAGUGAAACAAAGUAUUGACUUUUCCAUGGUUGAGGUUGAUUCUUCAAAAUCUUCUGAG